GGUACUUGCUGUGGCUAGGCCGCUGGGGGAUGAAUCUUGCUUGGGUCAAAAGAAUAAAUGAAUAACAAAGAAAUAAGUAAAUACGUAUGGGAAUUUUGCGCGGCCCCUACCCAAGCAGAAUUCAGGCGAAAUUUCGGACCAUAUAUGCGGGUCUGAUCCUUGGUUUAGAGAGCUCCGUCGCAAGUCGAAAUUGAAGUUUUUUAUCGGCUGAAAUUUCGAUAAAAGAUCGACCGGAGAAGAAUAAACAAAGACUCCGAGAGUCGAAAUUGAAAAUAGACGGCGUUCCGUCGAUUUCCAGACGUCAAGGAAUAUCAGCUUGAUGCUGGUGGUCGCCGAUUAGUGAAAUUCUGGACCGUAUCGUCGAUUUUUUCAUCCCUGCGGCUAUCCCAAUUUCUCCGUUUGAGGCUAUCGCAACUGGACGAUAUGUCAUUGAUGGGCUCCCUAUCCGCCCAUGGAUAUCCUCAUUCGGUCAGUUUUUUUAAUCCAGAAGCGCUUGUUUUCUCCUGAUUAUAUUGUACCUGUUCAGGAUUCCAGUUGGUCUGGAUAUUUUCUGAGUGGACCCUUUUUUCAGGACCUGUUUGAUCAAUAAAUUCUUCUUUUAUGUUGUUUGGUGGUGGGUUUGAUUGGGAAUCUCAAACUAGAUUUCUGUUGACUUGAAACUUCCAAUGAUUGCGAUCAGGUAGUUCUUAGUCAUAGAAGCUGUUUAAGUAUUUAAGGUGUGAAAUCAAUUGAUGGAUUGAGUGUAAUGUUUGAUGUUCGAUGUAUGUCGGUUGAUGAAGAAGCUUCAUUUAACUGGUUAUUGAAAAAAAUGAUUUAUUAGGAAUAUGUUGGAUUGUCUUCCAUUUGUUGGUUGGCCAAAAGUGAGAUGUUACUAGCAAGCAAAUGAGCAUAACAACACAAUGAGACGCAGACAAGGUUUAUUGUGUAGAUGGAUUCCUCGGAUAGGACAUUCCUCGACAUCAUAGGGCUACUAAAAUCUUGGAUCCCUUGGCGGUCUGAACCUGCUAAUGUGUCAAGGGAUUUUUGGAUGCCUGAUCAGAGCUGUAGGGUAUGUUAUGAGUGUGAUUCUCAGUUCACAUUGUUCAACCGUAGGCACCAUUGUAGGCUCUGUGGGCGAGUUUUUUGUGCAAAGUGCACAUCUAAUUGGGUCCCGCCACCUCCCAGUCAGCAGACAUGCACACUUCCCCAGGAGGAAGAACGGGAAAAGGUCAGGGUAUGCAAUUACUGUUUCAAGCAAAGGGAACAAGGUUUAGCAUCAUCAUUAGCUGAUAAUGAACAUCCAGUUGCUAACCUGGACGAGUCCAGUAGUUCUAUUUCAGCAACCAGUUUUAUUAGCUUCAAAUCUAGCGGUACAUGUAACAGCAGUAGCAUUACUGUUGCAUCAAUGCCAUUUUCUGCCACUGAACUUAUUAUUAGUCCUCGCCAGUCAACGAUUAUGGAGUCAACAAUAGACAAGAAGAGUUUCAUUUCAGCUAGAAGUGGUUCUCAUCUAACCGACGCCAACAUGGGAGUUUGCAACCAUUCUUCAGAUGGAAGUGCAUUUUUCACUUCAAGGUGUGAAGAAGAAGAAGAAGAAUAUGGUGCUUACCAGGGAGGUUCACAAAGAAACCAUGCAUUUGAGGGAAAUGACUACUAUAAUCACAUUCAGUAUGAUGGUGAGUUUGGAUCGCAGCAAGUUCAUCCAGAUGUAGAAGCUGUUGAUACAAAAAGCAUGAGCAGCUCCUCUGUGCAUAAUAGCAUGGACUCUCAGACUUCUGAAGAAGUUCAGCAGAUUAUGAAGAAAGAAGGUGAACCUGACAUUGGUUAUGAAUGCGAAACAUCUUCGUCUUUGUAUGUUGCAGAAAAUGUCAGUGUUGAACCUGUGGAUUUUGAGAACAACGGGGUUCUGUGGCUUCCUCCUGAACCCGAAGAUGAAGAAGAUGAAAGGGAAGCACUUCUGUUUGAUGAUGAUGACGAUGAUGAUGGUGUUGCUGCUGGAGAAUGGGGAACUCUUCGUGCUUCUAGCAGUUUUGGUAGUGGGGAGUACAAAAAUAAAGACAAGUCAAAUGAAGAGCAUAAGAGUACCAUAAAGAAUGUGGUUGAUGGGCACUUCAGGGCAUUAGUAGCUCAGCUUAUGCAGGUUGAAGAUCUUUCUUUGGGCUUGGAAGAUGAAAAGGACAAUUGGCUGGACAUAAUUACAUCCCUUUCAUGGGAGGCUGCUACAUUAUUAAAGCCAGACACCAGCAAAGGCGGGGGAAUGGACCCUGGGGGAUACGUCAAAGUCAAAUGUAUAGCUUCUGGUCGCUGCAGCGACAGUGUGGUGGUCAAGGGAGUUGUUUGUAAGAAAAACGUGGCGCACCGACGCAUGGCAUCAAAAAUAGAGAAACCUCGCAUAUUGAUCCUUGGAGGCGCCCUUGAAUACCAGCGGGUUUCUAACCUCUUGUCUAGUGUAGAUACUUUGUUGCAACAGGAAAUGGAUCAUCUCAAGAUGGCUGUUGCAAAAAUAGAUGCACACCAACCUGAUGUUCUAUUAGUGGAGAAAUCUGUUUCUCGCUAUGCACAAGAGUAUCUUCUAGCCAAGGACAUAUCACUUGUUUUAAAUAUAAAAAAGCCUCUUUUGGAGCGUAUUGUCCGGUGCACGGGUGGUCAGAUAGUUCCUUCAAUUGAUCAUCUAUCAUCACAAAAGUUAGGAUACUGUGACUUGUUCCAUGUCGAGAGGUUUGCAGAAGAGCAUGAUGCUGAUGGGAAGUGUGGAAAGAAGACGAAGACACUGAUGUACUUUGAAGGCUGUCCAAAGCCAUUGGGGUGCACUGUAUUACUUCGAGGUGGAAAAAGUGAUGAGUUGAAGAAAGCGAAACAUGUAGUGCAAUAUUCAGUUUUUGCUGCUUACCACUUGGCUCUGGAAACGUCAUUUCUUGCAGAUGAAGGAGCCUCUCUUCCUGAAUUCCCUUUAGGUUCUCCCAUUACUGUGGCACUUCCGGAUAAAACAUCAACUAUUGGCAGGUCCAUCUCGACAAUCCCUGGUUUCACAAUCCCUUUUGGUGAAAAGACGCAUGCACCCCCAUCUAGUAGUGAUCCACAGAGGUCAUUCAGUGUGCCCACUGCUGAUAUGGUAGAGGCUGCCAAUCUCUGUACUCAGGAGUUCGAGACAACAGAUUUUGCUACCCUAUAUGCUGCUAUUAACACCAACUCUAUACUCCCAUCCGUUACAUCUCCUCAGCAAACUACUUCAAAAUCUACCCCAGAUGAGUCCUCUUUCUCUCAUGCACAUGUGGAGAGAAUUAUAGCAUCUUCCCUGGAAGAACCUUUAUCAGUAGCAAACAAUAUCUCUGAAGAGCUGAGAGACCAUCCCGUAUCCAAUUGCUCUAGUUUUUCAGUUAACCAGGAACAAGGUUUUCUUUCCAAUAAUGUGCAAAGCACUUCUAACGAGGAUGUUAAUCAAAUUGUAUCGAAACCAGUUUUGCAACAAGAGGGAAAACUUGGUCAUGAGGACUCAGGUUCUUUCAAGGAAGGGUUUCUUCCACCAUCAUCUGACCACCAGAGUAUUAUAGUCUCCUUAUCAUCCAGGUGCGUGUGGAAGGGGACUGUUUGUGAAAGAUCACAUCUUUUCCGAAUCAAGUACUAUGGGAACUUUGACAAGCCAUUGGGCCGUUUUCUGCGAGAUCACUUGUUUGAUCAGAAUUAUAGGUGUCGGUCGUGUGAGAUGCCAUCAGAAGCACAUGUUCAGUGUUAUACCCAUCAUCAAGGAACCCUCACGAUUUCAGUAAAGAGGCUAUCAGAACUUUUUUUGCCAGGUGAAAGGGACGGGAAAAUUUGGAUGUGGCAUAGGUGUCUAAAGUGUCCACGGUUUAAUGGCUUUCCUCCUGCAACUCGAAGAGUGGUGAUGUCUGAUGCUGCAUGGGGUUUGUCCUUUGGGAAGUUUUUGGAGCUCAGUUUUUCAAACCAUGCAGCUGCUAGCAGGGUUGCAAGCUGUGGCCAUUCUUUGCAUAGAGAUUGCCUUCGCUUUUAUGGUUUUGGAAAAAUGGUUGCUUGCUUUCGCUAUGCUUCAAUUGAUGUUCAUUCUGUGUACCUUCCACCUCCAAAAGUUGAUUUCAACUAUGAGAAUCAAGAUUGGAUACAACAAGAAGUUAAUGAGGUUGUUGGCUGUGCCGAGCUUUUGUUUUCUGAAAUUUUCAAUGCACUUGGUACUUUGGCUGCACAAAAAUGUGCUCUUGUUAACCACAGCUUCAAUGUACCAGACACGAGACACCAGAUGACAGAUCUGGAAGGGAUGCUGCAAAAGGGGAAAGCAGAGUUUGAGGAAUCCCUGCAAAAGCUUUUUAACAAAGAAGUGACAAAAGGCCAACCUGCUAUUGAUAUUUUUGAGAUUAAUAGGCUAAGAAGGCAACUACUUAUUCAAUCUUAUGUGUGGGACCGCCUGUUAUCUGCAGCCGGUUCUGAUAAAGGAAGUCUUGAUGAAGCUGCAUCUACUUCAGAUGUAGACAAGUCAGUUAUUAAUAAUGUGAAGUACAAUGAUCCUGACAUUCACCUCAAGCCAAGCAAAGGUUUAUAUGCUCCUGAUCAUAGCACGGCAAGUGAAAGACUGGAUGAUAAUGGUGAAGGUCAUCUAGGAGGUGAUGGAGGUCUUGAUUCUAAUAAUCUAAUCGGUAAUCCAAACAGUCUAUCAUUUGUAAUAAAGGUUAGUGAUCCUGAUCCUCCCGUCCUUCGUAGAGUCCUUUCCGAUGGACAGUUCCCAAUCAUGGAGAACUUGUCCGACACUCUGGAUGCAGCUUGGACAGGUGAAAGUAGUAUGGGUGCUGAUCUGGCAGCUAUCGGAGACUCUUCAGCCAAUGGAGUUGCAGAAAAGGUGGAUGUUGAAGAUGGUGGAGAGGAACUUACAAGUGUGCUUAAAUUGUUUGUGCCUUCCCUCUUGUCCUCCAAAGGCUCAGAAAAUAUGGAAGAUUCAGUGAGCUGGUUAGGAAUGCCUUUCAUAAACUUCUAUAGGUCAUUGAACAAAAACUUCUUGGUUGGUAAUGCUCAAAAGCUGGACGCAAUUGGUGAGUACAAUCCUGUAUACAUUUCAUCCUUCCCUGGGUCAGAUUCACCAGGCGGCGCUAAGUUGCUUCUUCCUGUAGGGGUUAAUGGUAUUGUUAUACCAGUUUACGAUGAUGAACCCACAAGUCUUAUAUCUUAUGCACUGUUUUCUCGUGACUACUCUGUCCAAUUGUCCAAUGAUCUUGAUAGACCAAAGGAAUCUACGGACUCAGUGGAUGAUAUUGUAUCUGGAGAUGAGAGUAUUCUGUCCUUGUCUGGUUCUCGUACUAUGGACCCACUUAUAUAUACAAAGACAAUGCAUGCCAGAGUCUCUUUUUCUGAUGACGGGAAAGCGAAAUAUACAGUGACCUGUUACUAUGCAAAGCGUUUUGAAGCUUUGAGAAAGAUAUGCUGUCCCUCUGAGGAGGAUUACGUGAGAUCGCUUAGUCGUUGUAAGAAGUGGGGAGCCCAAGGAGGAAAGAGCAAUGUCUUCUUUGCAAAGACUUUGGAUGAUCGAUUCAUUAUUAAACAAGUAACAAAGACGGAGCUGGAGUCGUUCAUUAAAUUUGCUCCGGGAUAUUUCAAGUACCUUUCCGAGUCAAUAAGUUCUGGAAGUCCAACUUGUUUGGCAAAGAUUCUGGGGAUUUAUCAGGUUACAUCAAAGCAUCUCAAAGGAGGGAAGGAAUCUAAAAUGGAUGUUCUGGUAAUGGAGAAUCUUCUAUUUGGAAGAAAGAUUACACGGUUGUAUGACCUCAAGGGAUCUUCAAGGUCUCGCUACAAUCCAGAUUCUAGUGGAAGCAACAAGGUUUUGCUUGAUCAAAAUUGGAUUGAAUCGAUGCCUACAUCUCCCAUUUUUGUGGGAAACAAAGCCAAGAGACUUUUAGAGAGAGCUGUCUGGAACGACACUGCUUUUCUCGCAUCAGUUGAUGUAAUGGAUUACUCUCUACUAGUUGGGGUUGAUGAAGAGAAGCAUGAACUAGUUCUUGGAAUUAUUGACUUUAUGAGACAGUAUACGUGGGACAAGCAUCUAGAGACUUGGGUUAAAGCUUCUGGGAUCCUAGGUGGUCCCAAGAAUGCUUCCCCAACUGUAAUCUCACCUAAGCAGUAUAAAAAGAGGUUCCGGAAGGCUAUGACCACCUACUUUCUGAUGAUUCCAGAUCAGUGGUCAUCUUCCACCACGGUGGGUAACAAAUCGCAGACUGAUUUGCUUGAGGAUAGCACUCCCUGCGCCCCUACCUCAGCAGAGUAGUAAUUUUGUAGGUUUGUUUCUUGGGAUACAUCUUCUAAGCAUUUAUUAAGGUCACACACACACACAGAACCCUACCAGCUACCCGACACUUUUUCUUCAAUAUUCUUCAGGGUGGCGCUUGAAUUUGAUUUCAUCCCAGGGAAGAGGGAAUGCACAUAUAUGGUUGAUCUGUGAUUUUGUUUUUAAUAUGAUCACCACCUACCUGUCUCAACCAUAGACAGAUACCUCCAUAUUCUUUUGUACAUGUUUUUUUUUGUCUGCGAGUUGUAUAUGUGAUUCAAUUAACUGCCACUGCAGAUUUUGUGUAAUAUAUGCAUUUCUUUUAAUGUCCCUUUGAUAUGUUGGGAGUUGUACGUUUUUCAAUUUAUUAGGUCAAUCUUGAGUUGAGUAUACUUUUUCUUUGGGUUAAGCGGUU